UUCUCCACUUUCCUGGUGGGCGCGGCGCGGGCCGGAAAGCCACCAUCGAUCAUGGACGAGGUGCUGCUGGGCCUCCCGACGUCCGUUCGGUACUUGUCUCGCGCAGGACUGAAACCUUCUGCCCUGGACCACAUCAGUUCUGGUUUCUCCAUGCUGCCCCGAAGUCACAUGCGCUCGGGCUUCAUGUCCUUCGUCGAGGGCGAGUCUCGAUUGGAUUGCUCUCUGUCUGUCGGAACUGACGUGAACGUGAGACAAACUUCGUCGGUGAGGCAAGUGGCGUGA